AUGACAAGCAGUCAUUCAAAUUGGUCAAAAAAGGUACCCAUCAUCAAUUCAAUCUAUAGAAGAUUAAUCAGAAUAGCCAUCAAGAUGCCAGAUCGACAUAGAAUCAGAUUCGUAGGUUAUUGUGCAAGAAGAGAAAUUCAAGAAUUGAUCAAGAUUGGUAAAGAAGAAGGAAAUCAUCAACGAUUUGAAUCUAAACUUUUAGAAAUCGAAACUUAUUCAGAUCAAUUAGAACAUCAAGCUGUUUUCCUUUCAUCUAAUUAUUAUCAUCAUUCAAUCUCAAUCCCCAAUCAGAAUACAAUCAAUCCAUCAAGAAAAGUGAUUUGGGCUACCACUCAACAAAAUCAACUUCAUCCUUCACCAAUCAAGAAUCGAUUCAUGAAUGGUCCUGAACCCAGUUGGUUACGUAAUCGACCCAAAAAUUGA